AUGGCUGGAGUUUCAGUAGCAAUACCUAAUUUUUCAGGCGGUAUGGAUGAGGAUAUAACUACUUUUGUCAGGAGAUUUCAUGGGUUUCUAGAUAGUAUUAAUAUUAAUGUAAGAGAUAAUGCACAAAGAGUUCAAGCUACAGGUCUAUUCCAAAGUGCUUUGUCUGGACCUGCUGGUGAUUGGUAUGAUGAAGAAAUACUCGGAAAAAAUUGGAUGUUAACUGAUAUAUAUGACAAUACUACUGUAAAUACUACAGCAAAUCUUCAAGCUAGAACUAUGGCGCAGAUGAAUACUUCUAAUAGUUUUAGACUGCAUUCUUUGGCACAUGCCUUUGCACAUCGUCCUGGAAAUAAUGCAAUUACAGUAGGGGCUGUAGAGGCUAGAAUGGUCCCACCAAAAGCUUUUGCAGAAGAUUGGACUAAUUCUGGUGGAGUGCUUACAGAUGAUGCACCUAGAUUUGCUGGAAAUAGUGGUGCUGUUCCUAUAAUAUUAGUUGGAAUUCAGCUCGGUCAAGCUAUUUACUACUUUGAAAACUUCUAUCCUUCAGUAUUAGAAGAAAGAUGCAAGGUACUCUUGAUCAAGGUAAUGAUCCGGUUAAAAACUUUCUAUGAAAAAGUUAAAAAAUAUGGCAAACUACUGAAUUUUGGCGAUGAAGUAGUUAAUCAUCAAUUCUUUAGGGGGCUAUCUCCAGACAAUCAACUUGAAGUGGAACGAAUUGGGGCUGAAAAAACUGUAAGUGAAUUAGUUAAAAAUUUAGAAAAAGUUGAAAAACGAAAAUCUGAAAUGAGAUUGGGCCUAUCCAAGAGAACAGGAGGUACUGACCAUCAAGCUCAAAUACAGCCUACAUCAGCAGGAUCACAUAAGCCAAGUCAUUCUGGAUUUUCGCCAGAAGAUGUGGAUAGAAUGAUCAAAAGUGCUACUGAAAAAAUUACACAAAAUUUUCAGUUACAGAUUCAGGAAUUACAAGCAAAAAUUCCAAAAGUUCCAUAUCAAAAAAAUAUUGAGACAGAAAUUCCUACUAAAACAAUAACAGUCCUAGAUCAUUUUAAAAAGCCAGUCCAAACAAAUCUUACUGUUGAGGAAUGGAAUAAAAUGUUUAAUUCUGAUCCAACUGAAUUUCAUGAAGAACAAUUGCGUAAAUCUCAAUAUAUAAAGCCAAUCUCUGACACUAAUAGAAUAGCAAAUAGAAUUGCUGAAAGGCUUGAACAAAGAAGACUUGAUAAGGAAAUUGCAGACCUUUCCAGUGGAAUUUAUUCUCUUAAUAUUAAUGAUCCUGUUCCUGAUCCUAUGGAUACUACUAAUUUGAUUCUAAUGGAAAACAAACCUCCUACUAAGACUAAGGAUGGGAAAAAAGAGUCAAAGAGUAAGGGGAUAUCAAUUGAUACCACAAAUUUGAGAAAAAUUAUUCAUGAAUUAAUUAUAGAGGAAUUGACUCAUUUGGGAUUAACUAAGAAAACUACAAGCAAAGAAAUUCAGAAGUUUAGUGAAGCUUAUUCUGAUGGUUCUAUGGAUAUCGAUCUUUUGCGCUUAGAUAAUAAAAAAGAUUUAGCAUCUGUUGAAGGUGUAGUAGAGGGAAAAUUAAAACUCCCAAUUCUUAUAGAUUCAUGUUGCAAUAAGUCUGUUAUGCCUGAAGAGAUUUAUAAAGAACUUGGAUUAAUACUUGAUACAAAUAAAAUUUGCAAACUUUCUGGAGCAUCAACUAACAUUAAAUCGUUAGGUACAGUUAAAAAUGUCAAAAUAACUUUGGCACCAGGAUGUACUAUAACAGAUGAUUUUGCUGUAAUUGCAAAUUAUCCAUAUCAUGAGCUUAUUUUGAACCGACCUCGUCUUAGAGAAUAUAACUAUGAUUUACUUGAAUCUAGAAAGCAUAUGGCUAUUACUUGUAAUGGAAAGGACUUCUUUAUCCCUAUAAUUCCAGCAAGAGAUGAGCACAAAAAAAUGAAUUCACCAGUUUUGGAAGCAUUAAAUCAUUAG